AUGGCCGCCCCGGGGCCGGCGCGGCUCCUCCGGGCCGCCGCCGCUUCCUCCCGCCGCUGGCUCUUCUCUUCCACCUCGCCGGCAGCCGCACCGAGGCCGGGCUGCGGCAGCGCUGCCGGGAGGGCAGCACGGCCGUUCAGCCUCUCUGCCCGGGCGGUGCUCAGCUCAGAAGAUAAAAUAACUGUUCAUUUCAUAAACCGUGAUGGUGACAAACUAACAGCCAAGGGAAAACCUGGGGAUUCACUGCUGGAUGUUGUUGUUGACAAUAAUCUAGACAUAGAUGGUUUUGGUGCAUGUGAAGGAACGCUAGCCUGUUCAACUUGUCAUUUAAUAUUUGAAGACCACAUAUUUGAGAAACUAGAUGCAAUUACUGAUGAAGAGAUGGACAUGCUGGACCUGGCAUAUGGCCUCACAGAAACAUCACGUUUAGGCUGCCAAAUCUGCCUGAAGAAAUCAAUGAAUGAUAUGACUGUUCGAGUACCAGAAGCUGUGGCUGAUGCUAGACAAUCAGUAGAUAUGAGUAAAAACUCCUAAAAUAAAAUAUCCUAGGGGUUUUAAAGAAGUUUAAUUAUUUUUAUAACUUAUUUUUAAAUGUGUAAUUAAAUAUGGAAACUUACAUAAUUGUGAGUUAUUUUAUAUGACUAUCAAUAUUAGAUUAAUGCUAUUUUAAUUUUCUUUAUAGAACCUCUUAUAUUUUUACGCUUAAAAUGCAAUAAUACUUCUUAUAAGUAAUCAUUGGAUUAUAAAUAUUAGCAAGUGUAUUGCAGAUUUCAUAUAACAUUAUUCUACCAAAACAUUCAAUGACAUUUAAAAACUGGAUCAUUUGUACAGGACUUCUAAAACAAACUCUGAGCAUUUCUAGGUGUCAGACCUGAACGUGUAAGAGAAAAGAGCUUGUAGGACUGCAUGGUGCCUUUUUGAAGUGUUGCCAUUAAAGAUGGUGUGCUCAGAGCUAGUGGAAAUUCUCAGUAAAUAUGAUACUUCCUUAGCAAAUAGUGGAUUUUCAGGGUAGGAGUUUUCCAAACUUUGGAACCUUAAUGAGAUGUGGCAAAUGUCUCAUUUAAAUACUGCUAAAACCCAUGAGUUCUAGGAGCUGUGUUACAAUUUAACCCAGCAGGCAGCUAAAUGCCACACAGCCAUUCACUUGUACCCCACCACUGUCCACCCCCCUUCCAAAUGGGAUGGGGUGUGGACUUGGGGGGGAAAAAAAGUAACAUUCAUAUGUUGAGGUAAAGACAGUUUAAUAGGACAGAAACAGAAAGCAAAGCAACAGUAAUAACGACAGAUAAAAUACAUAAAACAAGUGAGGCACAACACAAUUGCCCACCACCUAAUGGCUGAUGCCCAGCCAGUUUCUGCACAGUGACCCCCGGCCAACUUUUGCCCAGUUGGAUAUUUUGAGUAUGGCACCAUAUAGUCCGGGACUUCCCAUUGGUCACUUGGGGUCAGCUGUCCUGGCUGUGUCCCCUCCCAAUUCCUUGUGCACCCCCACAAGGUGAGGUGAGAAUCUGGAGAGACCUUGACUUAGUUGUUGCUAAGCCGUGUUUACAUUAAAACAUCAGUGUGUUAUCAACAUUAUUCUGGUUCUAAUCAGUAUAAUAAUCUGAUUCUGGUACAGCACUGUGCCAGCUACUGAUAAGAAAAUCAACUCUCUCCCAGGUGAAACCACAACAGGCUGAUGCAGGAUGUUGGCACCUGCAGCUUAACCCUGGCCCAAAUCAGAUGUCAGUAAACCUCAACAAUAUUUACAUUUGACUACACCACAAAUACUGGGAUAGCCUGGGCUCAGAAGAAUGAAUCCUUGGAGCUGUGUAACAGGAGAACAUACCCAGUGGAAUUACAUCACAAAGUCUUAUUGUUCUCUCAAUAUGGCUGAGUUGGGAUUGAACAGGGCAAUGUUUGUCAACAUCAGAUUUGUUCUGAAAUCUUUAUCCCUUCUUAGUUUUGAGCUUGUGCACGAGGCAGUCUGAUGUUAGCUAGGGUAUUCAACUUUAAGACAUUGCUGAUUCUGGGCCUUGCUCACAGGAUCAUUCCAGUAAUGAUUGCUGCAAAAUGACCAAGUGUAUUUGUUUCAUAAAAAUGGCCUAGGUUCCCCAGAAGGUAUGGGGAAACCCCUGUGUGUGAUAGCAUCUGCAUUGAUGAUAAAGAACUUUCACUUGAAUAUUGGUUUAGUCUUUCUAAAGUAGCCCAGAUAAAAUAAUGUUUUUAAGACUAUUAUUCUCCUCAACUUUACGUAAAUACUUAUACGAACUGGUUAUCACCAGGAGUUGUUAACUUUUGAUUUUUUGGGCAUUUAUAUAUAUAUCUAAACCAUGUUUGUUUACAUUUGAAUGACUUAAUGCAUUCAUUAAUGCUUUGUUUGAACUGGUAACAAUGACAUCUGAACAUC